AUGGCCUGGUGGGGCUGGCUGGUGACGGGGUGGUCCUUGGCCUUCCUGGCUUUCGAGCGCUACAUCGUCAUCUGCAAACCCUUCGGCAACUUCCGCUUCAGCUCCAAGCACGCCCUGAUGGUGGUGGUGGCCACCUGGGUCAUCGGCGUCGGCGUCGCCGUCCCCCCCUUCUUCGGGUGGAGCAGGUACGUGCCCGAGGGGCUGCAGUGCUCCUGCGGCCCCGACUGGUACACGGUGGGCACCAAGUACAAGAGCGAGUACUACACCUGGUUCCUCUUCAUCUUCUGCUUCAUCGUGCCCCUCUCCCUCAUCAUCUUCUCCUACUCCCAGCUGCUCAGCGCCCUGCGGGCCGUGGCCGCGCAGCAGCAGGAGUCAGCCACGACGCAGAAGGCGGAGCGGGAGGUGUCCCGCAUGGUGGUGGUGAUGGUGGGCUCCUUCUGCCUCUGCUACGUGCCCUACGCGGCCCUGGCCAUGUACAUGGUGAACAACCGGAACCACGGCCUCGACCUGCGCCUGGUCACCAUCCCUGCCUUCUUCUCCAAGAGCGCCUGCGUCUACAACCCCAUCAUCUACUGCUUCAUGAACAAACAGUUCCGCGCCUGCAUCAUGGAGACGGUCUGCGGGAAGCCCAUGACGGACGACUCGGAUAUCUCCAGCUCGGCCCAGAGGACGGAGGUCUCGUCCGUCUCCUCCAGCCAGGUCAGCCCCAGCUGA